CCCCGGCCACCCUCUUCCCUCCCUCACGCUGGAAUUGCUUUACUUUGUUUUUGUUUUCCCUCCGCGGUGCCUUUUGGGUCGGAGACGGAGUAGUAGUGGAGGAUAUCAACAGAGCUACGUUUCUUCAUACCUCCGCGCGAUACUACGGAGUAAAGAGGAGUCGCUGGAGGACACUUUUUUAAUUUUAUUUAUUAAUUUCUUAUUAUUUGGAGGGGACUGCGUGAUUUAAAACAAGAAAAUAAACAAAAUAUCUGCGUUGAACGGCAGCGUUACCGCGGACGCCCCCACCUGCCGAGACUCCCUUAACGUUUUGAGGGAUUUUUACUGGACAGGUGCGUUAGAGGAUUAAAUACAGGCAGUUUGGCGGAUGGUUGUCGGUUUCGUGAAGAGGAGUCGCUGCCUCUGCGCAAGUCUCAGAUGAAGAUGAAGUCUGCGGGCGUCGUGGAUGGAGGCUUGUUCACAGAGAGCUAUUGUAACAUCUGCAAUGCCCAGCUCAUCUCCGAGUCCCAGCGCACCGCUCACUAUGAGAGUAAGAAACAUGCCAACAAGGUACGUCUGUUCUACAUGCUUCACCCCGAAGAUGGAGGACCACCUUCCAAGAGACUGAGGCCAGAUAACCCAGACUGCGCAGAGACAGAGGUGGACAGGAACAAGUGCUGUACCUUGUGUAACAUGUUCUUUACCUCCGCCAUUGUGGCCCAGUCCCACUACCAGGGCAAAACCCACGCCAAGAGAGUUCGCCUGGUGCUGGGGGAGCCGCCCAACAUACCCACAGCCAUGACCAGCCCUACAAACACAGAUUCCUCCCCUUCCACCCCUGUUCCCACAGACCCCACCGCAUGCCCACCUCCUCCCCCUGCAUUGCCCUGGCCCAUGGCGGUGGUCGGAGGAAACGGCGGAAGAGAAGCGGGGAAGUAUUGCUGCCUGUGCGGAGCCUGGUUCAACAACCCACUGAUGGCCCAGCAGCACUAUGAGGGCAAGAAACACCGCCGGAACGCAGCCAGGGCACGCCUCCUGGAGCAGCUAGCGGGCAGUCUGGAUGCCACGGAGAGCACAGGGCUACGCAGUAGUUACUCCUGCAGUGUCUGCAGUGUGGUCCUCAACUCUAUCGAGCAGUACCAUGCACACCUCCAGGGCUCCAAGCACCAGAACAAGAUGAGCUUUGGCUUGUGUAAGGAGCUUUCUGGAGGAGACGAAAGCACGGCUGACAGCGGCAGGGGAUUAGCUCUCACCGAAGAAACAUCCAUGAAAACUGUCCUGAAGCAACACCAGCAGUAAGCCACGACAGAGACAGGUCACUCUGGAAAGAAGAAGAAGAUUACUGGAAUAAACAACUUCAGAAAAGAGGACUUGAAACUACAGAGAAUGAGAAAGUAGUGCGGAGUAACUUAAGAGUGCAUGUUUGUGUCUGUGUGUGUGUGGUUAUGUGU